CCUGGAUAUCCUGGCAGGAGCCUGGUGACAGGAAGAGAUGUCCCCUGAAGUCCUCAACUUUGGAUUCAGCUCCAAUCCCUCUGCUUCUGACCUUGGGUGUGCUCAGCCAUUAAGAGGGAAUAGUUAGUAAUGGUUAGCAAGAGAGAGGCCAUAGUGUUGGCAGGUUUCUGUGCCAUAGAAACUGCCAUGUGGCCAGUACUGUAACAGCAAGCGUCUUCUUUAAUAAGUGGGAAAGUGGGAGAAAAUUGUUUCUCCUGAGGGCAAACUCUUUCCUCAGGGACGUUUUGUCCAGUUUCCGUAUCCCUCCCUCAUGACAAUGACCUUUCCCACUUUGAGCCUUACAGGUACCAGUUCUUUCUGGUUUUGAGCCAGGGUCCAGCCUGGUGGCCCGUUUUGACUUUGUAUGUAAUUCGCGGCAAGUGCUGGGAUAACAAAUAUAACGCGAAGCUACACAUUGCUUGUUUUGGUGUGUUACAUCAGUCCACGGAUGUUCCAGACAUCUGUCUUUGGCUUCAGGAGAGUAAGAGGGUCUAGCCUGAUGUGUAUACUGCACACAGUCCUCUCCGUACACGACAAGUCUAGACGUCCGUCCUGGAAGUAUUUCCCUGUUUUGAGAUUUUUACCUGCUCCACUAGCCCCGCGGGGCCCUACCUAAUAAAUACAUUAGGAAUACCAAACUGGGGCCUCCAUCAGGCAAGGAUGCACAGGGCGGGUGGUGCCUGACACUACAGUUCCCGGCAGGCCUUGCGCGGGUCUGGGGCGGGGCAUCCGCCGAGAGGGGCGGAUACUCAUGGCGGGCCCAGUGAAGGACCGGGAGGCCUUCCAGAGACUCAGCUUCUUGUACCAGGCUGCACAUUGCGUCCUGUCGCAGAACCCGGAGAACCAGGCCCUGGCGAGGUUUUACUGCCACACGGAGAAGACGCUGGUCCUGCGGCAGGACCCCUCGGUGAAGAGGACGCUCUGUCGCGGCUGCUCAUCUCUCCUCAUCCCCGGCCUCACCUGCACCCAGCGCCAGAGAC